ACUGGUGGAUUGCGGAAGUAUAUGUACUACUGACUGUUCCUGGGGGCUUGGGUUAGCCGGAUUGUAGCGCAUAUCGAAAUAGCGAGCUUAGUAAACUUAUAGCAUCUCGUUGCUAAAAUUAAAGAAAUCCACGGGAACCCUCACUUGAGAUACCAGAAACAUGCCAACCACGUGGGUCUGAUCUGCAGCGGUGAAGUUGUGCGGCGGUGAGGAGUUGUGUAUCAUGCAUCAGAGUAAAGGAGCUGUCAGGGUCCAGGAGGUGAUCGGUGCUCUGUGCAGGAUGCUGACAGCUACUGGCCUGGACUCCGUCCCCACACCAGAGGUCUUUAGAAGGGCUAAAUUCAACUGUGGACCUGAGGUGGAGGAUCCAUUCUGGAAAUUGCUCGCCAGUGUUCUUAAAACAUGUAACAUAAUUUCUGUUGAAGCCUCCCCAGAGUUGCCAGAGAUGGCCUCUGACCACAGGAGGCUGGUGGCCGUCGGUCUGUGGCAGAGUGGCUACCAUGUCGACUGGAUCAGAUGUGUGGAAGAGCGGGGGGGGGAGUGUGUCUGCCCCUGCAGUAGGGAGCUGCUCCUGGCCCUGGGCUGGCUGUUGGCGACAGGCGCCGUGGAGACCCUGCUGGCCCACAGAGCGAAGCAGCUUGACUCCACGCGGCGGGACCCUGCAGUGAUGACUCCUCCCACUGUGGGGGAGGCCCAGAUGGACCGCCCCUCUCUGAGGAAGCUUCAGUGGCUGUUUGGCUCUUUGAGGUCCCAGAGGCGGAGCCUUCUAUCAAUGCAGGAAGAGCAGAGCAAGCUCGUGACCAUGGCCCUGUCGGUCGGCCUUUCCUCUUCAUCCUCCUCAAUGUCAACCUUCGUCUCUGACACUAACUCUGCACUGCAGGAGGAGUGUGUCCGUAUGCAGGACCUGAGCCAACUCCUGAAGUCAUACACAGACUGGAAACACACAGAGAAGCUGUUCUGGGUGUGGAUGGACAGCGUGGUGGAGGGCCAUGCGACAGACCAGAGGGUGGCGUGUCCGCUGGAUUCAGACGCUAAUGCCUCGCCCAAUAGGAGCAGAGCUGUCUGUCCCCAUGGUGACUGGGGCCUUGAGUGCCUCAACGACAUGCUGUUGGGACUUCCGACAGUGCAGAGAAAGAGAGGACAGCGAGGAGAGGAGAAGGAGCCAGGAGGACGUCGUCGGGGACAGGAGAGCGAUGACAGACCACCAGCGGAGCGCGGCGGCGGGACUGCCCCCCACCUGCCCCCCUGCCUCUCUCCUUCAGCACAGGGGUACAGGCUCAGGCUCCAGGGGGAGGCUGGGGACCCUGGGGCCCUGAGGGCCUCUGAGAGACGCCGGCUGCUGAUGCUGACAGAGUCCUCCUUACUGGAGGGGAGGGAGAGAUGCCAACGGGCCAAUAGGAUGCAGUUCCAGGAGAUGAUUGGCAGGCUAGAGGAUAUGGUGUUGAUAGCACCUUAAAUGAUUUCAACUCUACUGAAUAAAAAAAACAAUACUGUG